CCCUCCCCGCCCCUCCCCCACCUGCGCUUCGAGAUCAGCAGCGAGGACGGGCUGAGGGUGACGGCCCCCAGUUUGGAAGGGGCCUGGCGGGCGGUGCUGGAGCGGGUGCAGGAGGCUCGAGCCAGCGCCCACCUGGGACACCUGAGCUUUGCAGGAAUGAGCGGGCUGAGGCUCCUGGGCAUCCACCACGACGCCGUGGUUUUCCUGCUGGAGCAGCUGCCGGGGGCUGGGAGCUGCUCCCGGUACCGGUUCCGGUACCACCCCCCCCGGCGGGACCCCCCCCACACAGCCCCGCCCCGGAACCCCUCGGGCUGUGCCCGCGCCGAGCUCUACCUGAGGAAAUGCACCUUCGACAUGUUCAGCUUCCUGGCGUCGCAGCACCGCGCCCUCCCCCAGGGACCCCCCCCCCGAGAGGAGGAGGAGGACGAGGUGCAGCUCAAGCCCACCCGCCGCGCCACCAGCCUGGAGCUGCCCAUGGCCAUGCGCUUCCGGCACCUCAAGAGAACGGCCAAGGAGGCGGUGGGGGUGUACCGCUCGGCCAUCCACGGGAGGGGCCUGUUCUGCAAGAGGAACAUCGAGGCCGGGGAGAUGGUGAUCGAAUAUUCCGGAAUCGUCGUGCGCUCCGUGCUCACCGACAAGAGGGAGAAGUUCUACGACAGCAAGGGCAUCGGCUGCUACAUGUUCCGCAUCGACGAGGCCGAGGUGGUGGACGCCACCAUGCACGGCAGCGCCGCGCGCUUCAUCAACCACUCGUGCGAGCCCAACUGCUACUCGCGCGUCAUCCACGUCGAGGGCCACAAGCGCAUCGUCAUCUUCGCCCUGCGCCGCAUCCUGCGCGGCGAGGAGCUCACCUACGACUACAAGUUCCCCAUCGAGGAGCCGGCGGCCAAGCUGCCCUGCAACUGCGGCGCCCGGCGCUGCCGGCGCUUCCUCAACUGAGCCGGGAGGGGUCGCCGGGGCGUGCCGGGGGCGGUGGGGUGGAGGGGUUGGGGGAUGGAGAGGUUCUGGCGUGGUUGGAGGGGAUGGGGAGUGGUUGUUGGUGGGUUGGUGGGUCAGCCAAGGGUUGUGGUGGGCAACCAAGAGUUGUGGUGGGCAAUCAAGAGUUGUGGUGGUCAACCAAGAGUUGUGGUGGUCAACCAAGAGUCAUGGUGGUCAGCCAAGUGUCAUUGGAGUCAACCAAGACUUGCAGUGGUCAACCAAGAGUCAUGGUGGUCAACCAAGAGUCAUUGAGGUCAGCCAAGAGUCGUUGGGGUCAACCAAGAGCCUUGGUGGUCAACCAAGAGUUUUGACGGUCAACCAAGAGAUGUGAUGGUCAACCAAGAGUUGAAGUGGUCAUCCAAGAGUCCUGGUGGCCAACCAAGAGUCAUUGGGGUCAGCCAAGAUUCAUGGUGGUCAGCCAAGAGUAGUGGUGGUCAGCAAGAGUCCUGGUGGUCAACCAAGAGUCUUGGUGGGCAACCAAGAGUUGUGGUGGUCAGCCAAGAAUCAUGGACAUCAGCCAAGACUUGUGACAGUCAAUCAAGAGUCAUUGGGGUCAACCAAAGGUCACGGUGGCCAACGAAGAGUCCUGGUGGUCAACCAAGAAUUGUGGUCAACUAAGAGUCAUGGUGGUCAACCAAGAGUUGUGGUGGUCAACCAAAGGUCGUGGUGGUCAACCAAAGGUCAUGGUGGUCAACCAAGAAUCAUGGUGGUCAACCAAGAGCUGUGGUGGCCAACCAAGAGUCAUGGUGGUCAACCAAGAGUUGUGCUGGUCAACCAAGAAUCAUGGACAUCAGCCAAGUCUUGUGGUGGUCAACCAAGAGUCAUGGAAGUCAACCAAGAGUCUUGGUGGUCAACCAAGAGUUGCAGUGGUCAACCAAGAGUUGCAGUGAUCAACCAAGAGUUGUGGUGGCCAACCAAAAGUUUUGAUGGUCAACCAAGACUUGGAGUGGUCAACCAAGAAUUGUGGUGGCCAACCAAGAGUUGUGGUGGUCAACCAAGAAUCAUGGUGGUCAGUCAAGAGUCGUGGUGGUCAACCAAGAGUUGUGGUGGUCAACCAAGAGUUGUGGUGGUCAACCAAGAGUCAUGGUGGUCAGCCAAGUGUCAUUGGAGUCAACCAAGACUUGCAGUGGUCAACCAAGAGUCAUGGUGGUCAACCAAGAGUCAUUGAGGUCAGCCAAGAGUCGUUGGGGUCAACCAAGAGUCUUGGUGGUCAGCCAAGAGUUUUGACGGUCAACCAAGAGAUGUGGUGGUCAACCAAGAGUUGAAGUGGUCAUCCAAGAGUCCUGGUGGCCAACCAAGAGUCAUUGGGGUCAGCCAAGAUUCAUGGUGGUCAGCCAAGAGUAGUGGUGGUCAGCAAGAGUCCUGGUGGUCAACCAAGAGUCUUGGUGGGCAACCAAGAGUUGUGGUGGUCAGCCAAGAAUCAUGGACAUCAGCCAAGACUUGUGACAGUCAAUCAAGAGUCAUUGGAGUCAACCAAGAGUCAUGGUGGUCAACCAAGAAUCAUUGAGGUCAGCCAAGAGUCAUUGGGGUCAACCAAGAAUCAUGGUGG